CGAGAAGAUAUAUGAUAAAACCUUCCAGCAUGCAUGUACAGAUCGUCCUUGCAAGAUUGUCUAAUGAAGUAGAAUUCUCGUACUGCUGCUAAUACGUAUUACGUUCAUAAUGGCUAUUGGUGACCAGUGUUUGUAUCAGUGUCGUUAUUUUUAAGAUUCCUUGGCACUUUUAUGUGAAACAGUAGAUUCUUCUCAGGAAUCACACACCUGGAUCAAAAGCUGGCUAUCAUCUUCCAACCAGGUACAUUGUUCCGGAGAGACUUAAUGCUGUCAAGCUUCGCUGCACCAACAUUGUCGUCUGCUGGGGACGUCACGUGACUUGGGAUCGUCUGCUCACAUUUCGUCAGUGCAUAAUCCGUCAGCGGGUUGUGAUGGGGUUUGUGUAUAUUUCUAGUGUGGUCUGACUAGGGAACUCUUGUGCUUAUCGACAAAGGUGGCCGAUGUUGUUCUAAAAGGUGAACGGACUAUAGGAAUAUAAGUACUUCACUUCAACAAUAGCCCACUGACUUACAGCAGGAUAUGAUACACCGUGUAGAGGUUUAACUUUCCUGUGAAGGAUUGAAGCUUGUGUGGAUUAAAGGAUACAGCCCCCAUGAUGCCUGCCCGCGGUAGUAUACGGUGGAAGGACGAGACGUCCGUCAGUGACCUGACCCAACUGAGCAAACUUACAGAAGACACUGUUUUGAAGGUUCUGAAGGAGAGAUACGAGAAUGACAAGAUAUACACACGCUGCGGAGAUGUGCUUCUGUCUAUCAACCCUUUCAAAACGUUGCCAAUAUAUAGCGAGGAGCACCACGAUGAGUACGGCUUGCAGGGUCUUAACCACGACAUGGAGCCCCAUAUAUUCCACACAGCCGCCAUGGCCUUCAAGAGACUCCACGAGACCCAGACCAACCAGGUUGUAUUGGUGUCUGGUGAGUCUGGCUCAGGAAAGACUGAGAACACAAAAUACAUGGUGAAGCAUCUGAUGACGAUUUGUGGCCGCUCUCUUGAAGGUCUGGAAGACAAGAUACUGGAGGUAAACCCUGUGAUUGAAGCAUUUGGUAAUGCACAGACAGUUCUCAAUGACAACUCGAGUAGAUUUGCCAAGUACUUACAACUUGACUUUGGCAAAGAUGGAAGCAUUCGGGGAGCUUCAAUAAAGGACUACAUGCUGGAGAAGAGCCGGGUGGUUCACCAGGGAAGCGGUGAAAGCAACUUCCAUAUCUUCUACAAGUUACUGGCAGGGCUAACGGAAGAAGAUCGCAUCUUCUUGUCCAUUAACAAAGAUAAGAAAUACAGAAUCGCAAAAAGCAGAGACAAAAAGAGGACUUCCGAAGAUGCUGAUGAUUACCGCAGAUAUUUUGAGGUUCUGAAGAAAAUUGGUAUUCCGGAAGAGGAAAGAGAUAAUAUACAGAGAAUCCUGGCAGCCAUCAUACACCUGACAGAGAUACAAUUCCUGGAGGACCCCAAAAGUGAUACGUCUGAAAUAUGGGAUGAGGAGCCCUUGAAUGUUGUGACUCUGCUGUUGGACACUGACCCGAAUGCUGUCACAGAAGCCCUUGUUUCAAAGAAAAUACAUAUCCCAGGACAAGGGGACAUUCAAACAGUGAGAAGGAAGCGAGAAUCCGAGGGGGCCCGAGACGCACUAGCCAAAGCGCUGUAUGAACGCCUGUUCGGUUGGAUCAUCCGAAAGAUCAACGAGUCGCUUCAUCCGUGCUACGACACUGCCGAGAACGCUGGCAGUAUUGGAAUGGUGGACAUCUGUGGCUUCGAGUGCCUGAGGGAGAACAGCUUUGAACAGAUGUGUAUCAAUCUCGUCAAUGAGAGGAUGCAGGGCUUCAUGAAUGAGCAGAUCUUCAGGGAAGAGCAGGCGAUCUAUCGGAAUGAGGGCGUGGCCGGAGACUGUUUGGGCAUACAGUACACAAACAAUGACCACAUCGUUUCUCUCUUUAUGUCGAAAGGCAUACUCGACCAAAUAGAUGAAUAUACCAUCAAACUGAAGCAAGGCACAGACUCAUCGCUUGUACACACCCUCAAGGACAGAUUUGCCAACAAUGAAGUCUUUCGAACACCGCCAGGAGCUAACCUUACUUUUGGGAUCAAACAUUUUGCAAGAGAGGUGAGCUAUGACGCUAAAGGUUUCCUGGAGAAGAACCGUGACACCCUAAGUCCGGAGAUGAUUAAGUGUAUGAAAGACAGCCAAAACGAGAUGGUGUCUGACCUCUUCACUGUGGAGAAGGGCGAUACCGGAACUAUAUCUGUAACCCAGUUCAACUACCGGAAGUCAACUCGUCACGGUAUGUCGCAGACCAGAAGAACGCGUGGUGAACAUCUUUCUCGAAGCGUCAUCAAGGACAUCAGGCAGAGCCAUAACCAGUUCAUGGCCAGUAGGAGGGGUGCCUCAACGAUAGCUGGAGAAGAAGUGACACACGUUCAAACACAAACAGUCACCCAAUACUUCAAAAAUUCUUUGGAUGAUCUUGUGGAUAAGUUGAGAAAUUCCGGGUCAAGUUUUGUCAGAUGCAUCAAACCCAACACGAAGCUUGCCCCAGAUACGUUCCUGGAUGCCGAAGUGGUUGUACAGCUGAAAUACAACGGGAUCGCGGAGGUGGCCCGCAUUAGGAAGGAAGGCUGGUCCAUCAGGAAGACAUUCAAGGAUGUCCUCAAAAGAUUUGGGAUCUUGUCAACCUCUUCAGAGGGAACUGACGUUACCAGGUGUGAAGACAUCCUUAAAGUUACUGGUGUGCAGGCAGACCAAUUCACUUUGGGAAAGAAAAUGCUAUUCAUGACGGAUUUGGCUUUGGUGAAAUUGGAGGCAGAGUUGAGACGAAAAGAAUUGGAACUGGAAGAGAAAGAGAAACUAGAACGCGAAAGAAAAGAACGAGAGGAACUAGAACGCGAAAGAAAAGAACGAGAGGAACUAGAACGCGAAAGAAAAGAACGAGAGGAACUAGAACGCGAAAGAAAAGAACGAGAGGAAGGAGAACGCAAACGAAGAAAUCGAGAGGAAGAAGAACGCACGCGAAAAGAGGUACAGAUAGAAGCACCAGACAAAAGGGGGGGCGAAGUGUACAGCCCGUUGUCAGAUAUCCCGGAGGAUUGGGAAUCGUCAUCUUCCGGAAUGUCCUCGGCGGCAGGAACAUCUGGAGGCUCAGGGAGCUCCUCUUCAUCAACACACAGACAUGAAAGGGUGAAAACUGCAGCUCCAAAAAGAAGCCCGACCCCACCCCCACCCCCAACCCCACCCCCACCCCCACAUCCUUCCGAAGAAUCCGCUUCGCCCCGAAGAACACCACCAGCCGCAGAUGACAAACAAUCCCACUUCUGGGACAUAUUCCGCGUUGUCGACACGGAGGUGAUUCGGAAAGAAACGUUCGACCAGAUGACCUUCAAGGUGUUAAAAGUGUUGGUCUACAUCUUCCUCUUCCUAAUCAUCCUUUGCGCAUGCGUGGCACAGAGGCUUGGGCUCAUGGUCAUAAUCUCAAACAUUGCCACCAACAGCUCUAACAAACUGGUGGUAUCCAGAGGGCAUGAUCACUAUCACAUCCACCUGUUGCAUUACGUCUACCUGAUUAUAGCGAUGUGCAUACCCUAUGCGUUGAGCUCACUCGGCUCCUUAUUUAAAUGGCUGUUUGGAGUGUUUCCGACUCCCGGAGUCCUCACGUGGCUUGUGGUGUUGCUGUUUGAGGCCCUUCAUUCGGUGGGACUGUGUGCUCUUGUCUUCUGGGUACUACCCAGGUAUGACUUCAUAUCGGGAUCCCUUCUGCUCAGUGCCACCAACCUCAUACCUGCACUUCUCCUACUUACCUGUUCAUCACAGACCAUACAAGGGGAAUCCAAAAGCCGAGGAGGCAUGAAGGCCUUUCUGGAUGCAAUUGCGCUCCUUUGUCAAUUAUCAGUCAUCCCAAUGAUGCUUCUGUACAAUUUUAGCCAACGGAAGAAAGUCGAUAUUACCAAGAUAGAUGUCGAAAAUGAAAGUCUUGACUACCCUGGAGUGAUUUGUGCCUUCCUAUUGACGUCACUAAAAUCCUGGGAAAAUUUUGUCGAUGGUCGUGUCCAUACGCUGGGCGGCAAACGCGACGAGAAGCAUUUCAACAACCUCGUCAUCAACAAAUUAUUGCAAAUCCGUUAUCAACUAAGUGAAGGGAGAUACGCUGUGUCUAUGAUAGUUGGCAUUCUGAAGAUCAUCAUCACAUGCUCCUUUGCAUACGGAGUAGCGUAUUUACACAUGGGCGAGAAGAUUGAGAGACUUAACGGUGAACUUCUUACCACUUUCAAACUCUUUGACAAUUUGUACUCAGAUCCUACCAGAUUUUCAAGUCUCCUAUCAGUGACGAUCAGCGGAUUUGUUCUGUACUAUGGAAGUUUCUUGGCAUGCAAGCUGCAGAUGCAGAGAAUAUCGUUGGCGCUUCCCGCGACCCUUUCCAUCUUCGUGAUUCAGGGGCUUUUUACAAUACAUUGCGAGAAAGUGUGGGAUCCUUUCAAGGACAUUGCAUUCUACCCAGAACACCCGGAAACCUGUAAAGGAGCUUCUGAUGUCGCGUACAUGUACUACCUAAGCAUAGCCUGGAUCCUGUCGCUGCUGUGGAUAACGAGACACAUUUGGUUCCCUAGGCAGGGACGUCUGGAGGAAUAUGACAGAUUGUUCAUGAACCCGUUUUACUGUGGGAUACUAACAUUCGAGAAUAUUUUGCUGAACCGACGUCGCCACAAUGAAGAUAUCUAUGGAUUGGAAGAUGAUGAUGAGAAGAUGCAGUAUUUUAUUGCACAACCAAAACCAUCUCAGUCGGAUGCAGAGACGGAUACAGAUUCACUGGAUGUCCCCUCUGUGUUUGCAUGUGCAACCAUGUGGCACGAGACUCAGACGGAAAUGACGCAACUACUGAAGUCCUUAUUCAGAUUGGACAAAGCGCAGGCCGAAAGGGAACAGUACGCAUAUUUACACCCAGGGAAAACUGUUGCAGACAGAUUCAACUUUCAAGGCCACAUUUUCUUUGACGAUGCACUUGAGCUGAACGAGGAUGAAAAAUGGCAAGUAAACCCGUUCGUAAGGAUGUUGGUGAACGUCAUGGAUGAUGCAAGCUGUGCUGUUCAUCAGAAGUAUAUGAAGACGCACGAUCCCUACAAGGUAGUCACUCCGUACGGGGCCCAGCUGAUCUGGGAGAUGCCUGGCGGGAAUCUGUUGUAUGUCCACAUCAAGGAUAAAAACAAGAUCCGGCACCGAAAGAGAUGGUCACAGGUGAUGUACAUGUAUUACUUACUGGGCUAUCAACUAUUGAAGGAGUCUGAGGACGACAUCAUACAGAAGGCGAGGGACAGAGAUGUAAUGAACAAAGAUGGUGUGGCAGAACUCUUCAGCUUAGAUGUCCAGAAGAAGACAAAGAACACGUACGUAUUGGCUCUUGACGGAGACACUGACUUCAGCCCCAGCUCUGUGAGAAUCCUGCUUGACAAGAUGCACAACGAAAAGGUGGCAGCAGUGUGUGGCAGAAUCCACCCGAUAGGUUCAGGGCCCCUUGUCUGGUACCAGAUGUUUGAGUAUGCGGUUGGUCAUUGGCUACAGAAAUCUGCUGAGCAUGUCCUUGGAUGUGUCCUCUGCAGUCCUGGGUGCUUCUCCCUCUUCAGAGCCUCGGCUCUAAUGGACAACAACAUCAUGAGGAAGUACACAACAAUGCCGACUGAACCGGGGCAUUACUUACAAUACGAUCAAGGUGAAGACCGAUGGUUGUGCACGCUGCUGCUUCAGCAGGGGUACCGAGUGGACUAUGCCGCUGCCGCUGAUGCCUACACGUACGCCCCAGAAGGAUUCAAUGAGUUCUUCAACCAGAGGAGACGCUGGACUCCUUCCACCAUGGCCAACAUCAUGGACCUAUUGUCAUCAUCUGAAGCAACUGUCGCUCGCAACUCCAACAUCAGCUACCUGUACAUGGUAUACCAGAUGGCGAUGAUGGCAGGGACCGUCUUGGGACCAGGCACUGUCAUCAUGAUGAUUGCAGGGUCCAUCCAGUCAGUGUUCACUCUGGACAUUUUCGUGUGCUAUGCAAUAUCCAUAUCUAUUCCAAGUGUGUAUAUUGUCAUCUGUUUUACAACUCCAGCAAAAGUACAACUACUCGUGGCGGCUGUGUUGAGUGCUGCGUAUUCGUUCGUCAUGAUGGCCGUCAUUGCUGGUACUGUAAUCAUAGCCUACAAAGAGAGCCCUCUGCACCCGAGUGUCAUCUUCUCUGUGCUCCUUUUCUCCAUGUUUUUUAUAGGAGGAGUGCUACAUUGGAAGGAGUUGAACUGCCUUCCUCAUUGUUUUAUGUACUUUCUCUGCAUACCGACUGGCUACCUACUGCUAUUUAUCUACUCACUGUGCAACCUCAACAAUGUCUCCUGGGGAACGCGGGAAAUAGCCAAGAGAAAGACUAAGAAAGAACUCGCAGCCGAGAAAAAAGCAUUGAAGGAAAAGGAGGAGCAGGCAAAGAAAAAGGAUGGCUUUUUUGCCCGACUCUUUUUUAGUUCCACCUACAUUAAGGAAUUAAAACAACUUCUCGAUGGACUGAAGCCAAAGUUGACCAGUUCAAACGAUGCAAUUGUAGAACAGUUGAAGCUGAUAAAUGAAACUAUUGUUAAGAUCGCAGAGCAGUCUGGUCGCGGCAACAUUGGUAUCACUCGACCCGAAGAUGACAUCACGAACGACACGCCCACAAGUGUGACACCCGAUGUGUCCCCAGAUUCAGAUUCAGAAGAGGAAGAAGAAGAGGAGGACGACGAUGAACCUGAAGAAGUUGAUCCUUACUCUGGAAAACACUGGGUAGAAGACACAUUGUUGGGAGAAGGUCCUGUCAUGCAGCUGUGUGAGACUGAAGAGGGUUUCUGGGAAAGCUUCAUUGCAAAAUAUCUGAAACCAAUAGAUAAAGAUGAGCAAAAGGAAAAGCAAGUAAAAGUGGGUUUAAUUGAAUUGCGAGACAGCAUCUGCUUUGCAAUGAUAAUGCUAAACAGCUUAUGGAUUGCUGUCAACUUCAUGUUCCAGUGGAAAAAAGUUCUCAGAGUUACAAUCCCAUAUAAGGACGAAACUGGCAAGGAGCAGAACCUUGUAUUUGGUGUCCUUGGGCUCUUGUUUAUUGCAUUCUUCUCUAUACUGAUAGUUAUCCAAUUUUUGGGAAUGUUGCUACAUCGCUGGGAAACGUUUCUUCAUCUCAUAUCGAUGACCAAUCUUAGGACGGAUCAAACAGAUUCAACCAAGUUCAGUUCAGACACAGAGCAGAUCAUGGAAACACUGAAACAUGAAUUGGAACCUCUUCCUGAUUAUGAAGAUGAUGGAAAAGAAGAAGAUGGACGAAAGGAGAGAAUGCGCUCUGUCAUACAACGAGGAGAAACCAUGAGAGACUUAGCACGGUCCAGACGAGUAAACCUUGCCAAAUCUACAAAGAGGCCUAUUUCCGUUUCGAGAACAACAAGAAACUUAAACAGAGAUCGUGAUUUAAAUGUACCACGUCCUUCCAGGCGGUAUCAGCAGUUUGAUGGAGGGCUGAGAAACCGAUUCUAUACACCAGCCAUCAAUAAAGUAUGGUCACAGGUAGAAGUACCCAAUGAAGGGGCGAUACCAUGGAGUGGAGGAGAUGAUCCAAUAUAUUCUGAAAUACGUGACGUCAUGCCAGGGACGAUGGGAAGGGACUUUGCAAGAAAGGUCAAACGGUUGAAGGAUCGAGAAAGGGAUGCGAGGUUUACAGAUCAAGGAGGCUCGGGAAAUGAACCAACGGAUAGGAAUGGUGCAACAUUUGUGUCAAUGUUUGAGCAGCAUGGCGCACAAACUACACAAUUCUGAAAUGGACUUGUAUGUCAGUAGACACUUUGACUACACUGGCUAUGUAUUCAGUGAAAAGGUUUUUUUGUGCGGCUGCCAGUGCAGAGUAGAGAUUGUUGUGUGGUGGGUUAAAUAUGAUUCCAUUGAGUCAAUACACUCAUGCAACGCAUUUAACGAGCGGACAUAGGUUGCCGAAGUGUCUGCUACCGCAAGUCGCAAUGCAGAGUUGCGCCCCUAAUUUUACAAGUAACCAUUGACUAAACCUUGAAUCAAAAACUCACCGUGAUUGCGAUCCUGUUUGUCAGCACAUCCAUCCUCGGUGGUCUAAUCAGCAAUGUGAACGUCUGUGCCCUACGUGAGUUAGAGCGUUCAGACCAUAAUAAACUGGCAUACCGUGUUCGCACUGAAAAGUUGUUCCAUGUGUCAUAUUUCAUGGCUAUGGAUUCUUGUUCAUUAAUCAUUGUAAUAUGUCUUUGGAUAACUAACGAUAUAACUACUUUGCAUUCUACAUUUUCUAACUUUCAACUAUGUUUGGUGUCCUUUUUUGUGUUUGUCCGGCCAUAGUAUAUGGUAAACAAGUAAAGGCGAGUGGGAGAGUUAACCUCAUAUUUUUAAUUUGCGUGCGUGCGUGCGUUUGUGCGUGCGUGCGUGCGUGCGUUUUUACCAUGCCGCAGUUUAUCUUGAAUACCUCCGCUCAGACACCGAGUCGGUCACUCCUUGAUUUAUCCCCAGAUGCCAAAUAGAAGCUGUGGCAAUCGACAUUAUGUUUCGAGGUUGUUUUUUUUGUCGGUAUUGAAUGUUUAGCGUUGCAAACAGCAACACUCCAGAAUGUGACGGCGGCCUGUAAAUAAUCACUAAACUAGUUAUUGAUAUUAUGAACAACGAUCCACACCGCCAACCAUGUCACCGAGCCUGCCUACCCAAUAUAUUUAGUACGACCAGUAUUUAAACUCACUUAUGCGGAUUUGUGCCAACAAAAAUGUUAACAUCAGAACACUGCUUACAUUUUAGAUAAGACAUUAACCGUUUUAUAUAAGCUCAUGACAUCAUGUCGGUAUAUCAAGGAAAGGGGCGGUGAGAUAGCCUAGUGGUGAAAGCAUUCGCUCGUCACGCCGAAGACCCGGGUUCGAUUCCCCAUAUGGUACCAACUGUUAAAAGCGGCGUAAAACUCACUCACUCACUCCAAAGAUCAACGACCAACGUGUACAGGGUUUGGUGUGGUGAUUUAGGUAGUAGAUAAUACUCUUUCUGCAAUGCAAUUAUUCCCUAUCAGAAUGUUCAUGAAAUGUACUUAGCAUCAAAACUAUAUUUAACAAGUUUUUAUAGAGACCAGGCUCGGGCUAAUUGGUAGUGCUAGCACAAUUCAUUCAAGUCCUUGAAAAUACCUAAGUCUCCUGAUUCACAUUUGAUGAUACUUUUUUAUGUAAGAUAAUGAUUUCCUUAAUUCCACAGAGAGAAUGUAUCGUUCACACCGGGCGGUGGGAUAGCUUCGUGAUUAAAGCGUUAGCCCGUCACGGCCUGGGUUCGAAUUCCUACAUGGGUACAAUGUGUUCAUUUCUGCUGUCCCCGCCGUGGUUAUGAAGGAAUAUUACUAAAAGCGGAGUAAAACCACACUCACACACUCACACACUCACACAUACACAGCUCUAAUUACCGCCGUGUGAUAUACUGUGACACAUACCGCCUAACGGCAUUCCAUUAGGAACAUAUAUAUACAUAUAUAUCUCCGGAAAUUAUAUACAUAUAUAUGCAUAUACCAUCGCCCAAACUGUAUAUGCUCGACGUUUUCAAUAGAUAAUGGUGAACAUGUAUGAGAUUUUAAAUGCGUUGUACAUAUGGUUUGUAUAUUUGAAAUUGUAAUUUGACUUCAGUUAAUGUAAAUAUUGCAUUUUGACACAAUAAGUAUGACAUUAAAAUGUAAAACGUG